ACCAAAAUUCAGCGUAAAACCCUAAUCCCAGUCGUUCAACCUUCAAACAAACCUGAAAACAAAAUCCUUCUCCUCCAAAUCCAAGCGUAACCUUAGACCCUAUUUUUAGGUCACAGAACAGUGAAAGAGAACACCGCUUCACAAUCAUGGAGGUAGAAGAAAUCGAGAAGAAAGCAGUAAGAAUAUUCGUCGGCGGUUUAGGUGAAGCCGUAACCACCGACGACAUUCGCCGCCUAUUCGAAUCACUUGGCACCGUUCAAUCUCUCGAAACCAUCCGAACCAAAUGCCGCAACCUCGCUUACCUCGACUUCCUCUCCGAUCCUAAAUCCCUAUCCAAACUUUUCAGCAAGUAUAAUGGAUGUGUGUGGAAAGGUGGAAAGCUGGGACUUGAAAAGGCUAAAGAGCACUACCUUGAUCGGAUGAAAAAAGAAUGGGAAGAAGAUAAGAUUCGUAGUAUAGAAGCAUCGGCUACUGAGAUUACUACUCAAAAGAAGGAAUUGGUAAAGGAAAAGCCUAUUUCAAGGUUGAUGCACUUUGAUAGUUUUGGGUUGUAACGUGAGUUUCUUGUUUCUUCAAUCGGUUUAGGUUGAUGCACUUUGAUAGUUUUGGUUUGAUUAAUAAUAACGUGGAUUUGAUAUAACCUAAUUAGUGUUGUUUUAGAUACUAAUUAUCAUUAUCUUGUGAUGUGCUGAUGAGGUUUUGGACAAGGAGAAAGGCAAGAUUGAAUCUGGUGAGGUUCUUCACCUUGCAAGUGAAAUACGUGGAGAAGUUCACGUCCAUGACGAGGUUUUGCACGCUACAGCUCUGCAGCUACCUGAGUUAUCGUUUAAGGUGGAAAACCUGGGGGAGUUACUAGGAAUGUCCGUCUCGAGAGACCGGUAACGGAUUAUGGUGCUUGCAAACAUCAAUCAUCAAACAGUGAAAGUUUGCAAACUUAUGAGUUUUGCAAACUUUUCCUUGAAAUGAUAACUUACAGAUACUAGCUGCUUGGUGGCCAGUGGAGCACUCAAGGACAUAGCUGAGAUGCAGAAG